UUGCGACGCUUUGGGUGCUGGCACCACGUGUACGCGCUUUUAAUUUUUCGAGACGUGUUUCUCACUUUUGAAUGAACAUUUUUUUUAUGUUAUUAAAUCCGUUUUAGAUUGGAAGUAAGCCCCUCGUACAAGUUGCAUUCGCGCAAGAUGAGAGGAUUUAGAAAGUCCAAGGGCUGUGGAUGUCUGUCCUUUCAUAAAAGGAGUAUUAGCAGCUACGAGGACGAAUCGACGUCGAGCUGUCGAUCGUCCGAUGCGGAAGUGCAAGUUAAGGCUUUUCGAAAUCGGAAAAUUAAACCCGAAGGUGGAUUACUACAUAUUCUUUUCCCGAGGAACCUAUUCAAGGGAUGGCGGAGGAAUAACGAGCUCAGCAUGACUAAAAUCGAAAGAACUAUGAAGGCUGCCAUUCUAAUUCAAAGAUGGUACAGGCGAUAUCUUGCAAGAAUGGAGGUUCGUCGCCGCUAUACUUGGACGAUUUUUCAGAGCAUAGAGUACGCGGGGGAGCAAGACCAAGUGAAGCUAUACAACUUCUUCAAUGCACUUCUAACACACAUUCCUACAACUACUCGAUCAACUAGCUCGGCCGCAACCUCGAAAAGUUCGUCGAUCGACUCCCUAAACUUUCGCUUCGAAGACGAAUCGGAUGAAGUGGAAGAGGAAGGCAUGCAACACGUCGAGAGAAAGUAUAGAGGAAUUCACAUUAAUUUUCCAAUGAAACGCUCAGAUUUAGACGCCCUUAUUGACGCGUUUAGAAAAAGAAAGCAACAUCGAUUACACGCUCGUUACGUGGCUGGAAUUCUACGAGAAUCGAUAACACAGUUGAAAAGGUUACCAAAUUUGAACCAAGCGUCGACUGCCAUAUCAAAGCAAGUUACGAUCUGCGGCGAUUUGCACGGAAAGCUGGACGAUUUACUCGUUGUCUUUCACAAGAAUGGAUUGCCUUCUCCGGAAAACCCGUACGUUUUCAAUGGAGAUUUCGUCGACAGAGGUAAAAAGGGCCUGGAGGUGCUUCUGCUUCUGCUUGCUUGCAUGUUAGUAUUUCCUGGAGGGGUUUUUCUAAACCGGGGGAAUCACGAGGAUCAUAUUAUGAAUUCGAGGUAUGGAUUUGUGAGGGAAGUGCAGGCGAAAUAUAAGCACAACUCGGAGAAGCUGCUGAAGUUGAUCGAGGGUGUAUAUCGCUGGUUACCCUUGGGAACAAUUGUCAACAAUAAAGUCCUGAUAGUCCACGGUGGCAUUUCUGACACGACAGAUUUGGAUUUAAUCAAGAGUCUCGAUCGGGGCAAGUACAUUUCCCUCUUGCGCCCUCCAAUAACUGACAGCACAGCGCCAGGCGCCGAGCUUAUUGAUAAAGUCGAGUGGAAGCAGGUUUUUGAUAUUCUAUGGAGUGAUCCACAACCAGGCGAUGGAUGCAUUCCAAAUGGACUACGAGGAGCCGGAACGUAUUUCGGCCCUGACGUAACAAAGAGGUUCCUCAAACGGAACAAAAUGCUGUACUUAAUACGUUCGCAUGAAUGCAAACCGGAGGGAUAUGAAAUUAAUCACAACAAUAAAGUUAUAACAGUAUUUUCCGCAUCAAAUUACUACGAGUUGGGAUCGAACAAAGGAGCUUAUCUGAAAUUAGUGGGACCACAACUUGAUACGCACUUUGUUCAGUAUACGGCGGCCACCGGUAAAACAAAACGUCUUACCUUUCGACAGAGAAUAGGCCUUGUUGAAUCCUCGGCGAUAAGGGAACUGAGAGGGCACAUUAUGUCAAAUAGGGAACGCCUACAGCAAGAAUUUCAGAAAGCCGAUCCCGAUUUAACCGGUUUUAUUCCAGUAAGCGAAUGGUGCAAGUCAAUGGAAACCGCAACAGAAUUGGGGUUGCCAUGGCGAAUGUUACGGGAAAAAUUAGUGGCGCUAGAAGCCGACACACAAAUGGUUAAUUACUCCACUACUUUUGAUAAAAUUAAUGAUAGUGAUAUUACUACCGUCCAAGGCGCAAGUACCGUUGUCGAAACUUUAUAUCGCAAUAAAAGUAGUUUGGAGGCGAUCUUUCGGAUAAUUGAUAAGGACAAUUCCGGUUUCAUCAGUUUAGAAGAGUUUUCGGACGCAUGCAACUUAAUUCGAGAACACAUGCCGAAUCCAAUUAGCCACGACCAACUGUUGGACAUGUGCCGACUGAUGGAUAUGAACAAAGAUGGCUUAGUAGACCUUAACGAAUUUCUGGAAACGUUCCGUAUGGUAGAUCCCGAACAACAGGGAGGGGAGUUUAGAACUUUCUCAACGGAGUUGUCCAAAGUAAAUGUGAAAACAUCUCCCAAUCACCUUUCCGAUAAAAAGGAAGGUAAUGGUCUGGUGCAGAAUGAAGUUUGUGCGUCACCCUCGCUCAAAGACGAUCUGCAUUCGUCGUUAUUUGGGUCUCCCGUGCAUAACGUCGUAGAAAAUAAUAUAGAUUCGCCGUUACUGUCGAGUCCAAAAGCGGCUAAUGUAACAGUGACAAUAACCAAUACUUCUCCACCUAGCUCUCCGAAUUCCUCUUCGAAUAUUAUUAAUACUCUAGGAAAAUCGCCUGUGUUGAGUAAUCGACUUGCUAGAAAGUAG